UAAAGGUGGCAGCCCCGGCACCGCUCCCCAUCCCUCGGGAGAAGGCAGAGGAGACUCCGGAGAGAUGAGGACGGUGAUGCUGAGCCUGGGGCUGGUGCUGCUCUGCUUGCUGAGUGCCGAGGCUGGGAAUGCCACGGAUGUCAGGCUGGAUAAGAGCAAGAUCGGAGGGAAAUGGUACAUCGUUGCUAUGGCCUCGGACUCUGAGGAGUACAUCAAGAAGAAGGACAGCCUGAAGGUGGCGAUGGCCAACGUCACAGUCCUAGAGGAUGGUGACCUGAAUGUGUCCUUUGCCAUUCCCACCCCAGUCAGAUGUUUGAAAUUUUCCUCAAUCUACAAGCCCACGGACAUCUGGGGGUACUACUACAGAACGGACAGAGGCAAUAAAACAGUGCAGGCAUUGGCCACUGACAGCAACACCUACAUGAUUGUCUUUGCCACCAGAGUGAAGAACGGGAAGACCCUGCACAUGUUGAGGCUCUACAGCAGAACCGAGGAGGUGAACCCUGAAGUUGAAAAACUGUUCAAGAAGCUGGCAAAGGACAAGAGCUUCUCUGAGGACACGAUCUGGAAGCUGCCCAGACAGGAUGAAUGCAAACUGGAUGAGGCAUAGGAUGUGGGGGCUGACUGGUGGAUGUGCCAGCUGGGCAAUGCAAGACACAGGCUCUGAAGCUCCAGGCUGCUGCUUCACUAUCCCUCUGACAAGUCUCCACUUCUUUCAAUGAACAGUCUCUCUUAUUUGCCAAAUAAAAAAGAAAUAAAAUAAAAAGAAAUUCC